AUGUCACCAUCUACUUUGGUACUCACACUCAGAUACCAACAAAGAAAAGCUGUUCGUGCGGCUAAGCAUAAAACCAACGGCACACAGGCAGCCGAUAUCUUGAGAUCGUUCAAGCCACUCUUCGACAGAGUGCUAGUUGAACGUUUCGCACCUGAGGUCAAGACCAAAGGUGGCAUUAUGCUGCCCGAGAAAUCGGUGGGUAAAGUUCUCGAAGCAACUGUUGUUUCGGUUGGUCCGGGUGCAAGGAACGAUAAAGGCGAAACAAUCCCCAUGACUGUUAAGGCUGGUGAUCGCGUAUUGCUGCCAGAAUACGGAGGCACAAAAGUGACAGUUGAGGAGAAAGAGUACUACCUCUUCCGAGAGGUCGAUAUAAUGGGGAAGUGGGAUUGA